AUGAGACCCAUUUCACUUGCCGUGACGGCAGCCCUGCUUGGCUUGACAGGCGCGUCGAGCUCGUCAACAUUGGGCUUACUUAAGGCCAAUGGUGUGGCGCUAGGAGACUGGGAGGCAGCCUAUGAAAAGGCGUCUGCGUUUGUUGCAGGGCUAACCACUGAUCAGAAACUGGCUUUGAUCACCGGUAGCAGUGUUUGCUCUUCCAAUGGCAGUUUCAGUGCUCUGGAAUUUCUUGACGGAGAUAUGGGUCUCCAGAACUAUUUCUAUGUUUCUGCUUUUAGCUUGUCCUCGGCCCUGGCUAUGACCUGGGACCACGAUGCUAUCUAUGCUCAAGCCAAAGCUGUCGGAUCAGAGUUCUAUAACAAAGGCAUCCAGGUGGUGGCUGGUCCUACUUCUCAGCCAAUGGGCCGUAGCCCUUGGGGUGGUCGCAAUGUUGAAGGAUUUGGCCCUGAUCCUUAUCUCAAUGGCUUAGCCACUGGCCUCUCCACUAAAGGUUAUGUCGACGCUGGUGCGAUUCCGGGUGGCAAGCAUUUUCUUCUUUAUGAGCAAGAAACCAACCGUACUUCCAGUGGUGGCGGCGGCGGUCCCGGUGGUGGAGGCGGAGGAGGUAUGCCUCCUGGGGGCAUGGGCUUCGGUGGCUCGAACUCUUCGUCACCAGGGCCGCAGCCCUCAGGUUCUUUCAUUCGACGUGAUACCGUCUCCUCAGAUACGGAACCAGCCCCCUACUCCUCCAACGCAGACGACAAAACCUUGCACGAAACAUACCUCUGGCCCUUUUACGAUGCAGUGAAGAAUGGUCUUGGAGCUGUCAUGUGCGCGAUGACUAAAGUCAAUGGCACAUACAGUUGCGAGAACUCGGAUCUUUUGAUGAAGACAUUGAAGACCGAACUUGGCUUCCUGGGUUUAGUCUGGCCUGACAUUAAUGGCCAAAACAGUGCUGAAGGGCCGGCAUUAGGCGGCGAGGAUUAUGGAUCGAGCAGUGUUUGGAGAAACUCGAUUGUGGAUCUCCUCUAUGGCGCUAUCAGCCCUUCCGGUCGUCUUGUCCACACCAUUGCCAAGAACGAGAGUGACUACAACGUGGAGCUUUGCUACACUGCUCAAUGCGAUUUUACCGAGGGUGUUUAUAUUGACUACCGCUACUUUGAUGCCAAGAAUGUUACUCCCAGAUACCCCUUUGGUCAUGGUAUUUCCUACACUACGUUCAAGUACUCGGAUCUUGCCAUAAAGACCCCAUUUGCUAUAACCAAGGCUCCCCAGGGCAACCUUACCGUCGGUGGCAACAGUGACCUGUGGGACAUUGUGGGAACCGUCUCUGCUCGCAUCACCAACAGUGGCAUGCUUGCGGGUGCGGAGAUUCCUCAACUCUACCUUGGGUUCCCAGACGCAGCAGAUCAACCUGUUCGUCAGCUUCGUGGUUUCGACCGUGUUGAACUUCGCGCAGAACAGGAAACCAUCGUUACGUUCAAUCUCCGGCGCCGUGACAUUUCCUACUGGGAUGUAGCUGCCCAGCAAUGUCUCGUUGCUUCUGGAAAGUACAAGGUAUAUGUGGGUGCAAGCUCUCGGGACUUGAGAUUGAAUGGAACAUUCUCUUUGAGAAAGAGCAUUUCACUGGCGGGUGCUCCUUUCAAGGACCUGCCUGCUCGUUCCUAUUUGUUCUAG